GUAGGAAGAAGAAGAAAACCGUUAGAGUCUCCGCCAUUACAGCUUUCUGCGGUUGGGUAGUCUUUCAGCUUUGAAAACGUAAACGUACUUCUCUUUAGUAGUAUAUAAAUCAUCGUUAAAAUUAAUUAGUCAGUCACAGUCGGUAUAAAAACCUCUCUGUUGGUAUUCAGAGGGUCCGUUAACAGUCAUCGCUGUCGGUCGUGGGUGUGGUUCAGACACAAACGAGUAUUAAACAUUUCCACCCAAAGCUGAUUUUGCUGGAACCUUCAACAUGAUGAAAAGCACCUUCAAAAUCUGUCAGAUUUUUCUACUAAUGUGCGGUGUGUUUGGUGCUGAUGCAGAUGAAGUGAAGUCAGUGAUGGAGGGAGAUUCUGUCACUCUGAACCCUGAUCCUGCUAAAAUGCAGGAAUUUAUUCUGAUACUUUGGAGGUUUGGAGAGAAAGGUUCCACCAUUGCUCAAAUCGACGGAAAUGAUAUCUCAUAUCCUAAUCACACUGAGAUAUUCACAGACAGACUGCAGCUGGAUCAGACUGGAUCUCUGACCAUCAAGAACAUGAGAACCAAACACUCUGGACUCUAUAAACUACAGAUUGAACACAGCAAAGGGACCCCAGAUAAGCAGACAUUCAGUGUUACUAUCUAUGAGUCUCCAUCUGUUAUUGCUGGGGCUGAAGCUGAAAUGAAGAGCGUGUCAGUGAUGGAGGGAGAACCUGUCACUCUUCAUGUUCCUCAACUACAAGGAGAUGAGCUGAUAGUGUGGAGGUUUGGAGAUGAAGAAAAACUCAUUGCUAAACAUGAUAUAAAAAAGAGCUCACCAUUAUAUUUUGAUGAGAGAUUCAGAGACAGAUUGAAACUGGACCAUCAGACUGGAUCUCUGAUCAUCACAAAAACCAUAACCACAGACUCUGGACUUUAUAAAGCGAAGAUCAGCAGCAACAAACAGACUUUAUACAAGAGAUUCACUGUAACUGUCAGUGUACCAGGUGUGUCUUCAGGUGUUGUAGCAGUGAUUGCUGUUGCUGUUGCUGUUCUGGCUGCUGCUGCUGCUGCUGUUGUGAUUAACUAUCGCCUCAAAACUAAACUACCAAUGGAACUGUUGAGAGUGGUGUCAGUGAUGGAGGGAGAAUCUGCCACUCUAAACUCUGGAAUUAAAAUGCAGACAGGUGAUGAGAUACAGUGGCAGUUUAGAAAUGAAGACUCACUCAUAGCUGAAAUCAAAGGAGAGACCAUAAAGAUGUAUACACCUGAUGGUCCUGAUGGGAUAUUCAGAGACAGACUGAAGCUGGACAAGGAGACUGGCUCACUGACCAUCACAAACACCACAACUGAACACAUUGGACUCUACACUCUGAAGUUUAAAAGAGGCAGUGAAACUUCAUACAAUAAAUUGGUCCUUCAUGUCAAACAGAGGGAGAUAGCGGUGAUGGAGGGACAAUCUGUCACUCUAAAUCCUGAUAAGAAAAAACAGACAGGUGAUAAGAUACAGUGGCUGUUUGGAGCUGAAGACACUCUCAUAGCUCAAAUCAAAGGAGAGACCAGAACGAUCAUUAUGUUCAGAGACAUACUGGAGCUGGACAUUGAGACAGGCUCACUGACCAUCAGGAACAUCACAGCUGCACACGCUGGAGUCUACACUCUGAAGAUCAGAAGAGGCAGAAAACCCUUGUGCCAAACGUUCUUCGUUUCUGUCAGAGAGAGGAAGAUAACAGUGAUGGAGGGAGAUCCUGUCACUCUAAACCCUGCUGUGGAAAAACAAUCUGCUAAUUUGAUACAGUGGCUGUUUGGAGAUGAAAAGCAGCUGACUCGCAUAGCUCAAUUCACUGGAGAGACCGGAAUAAUCAUUACAUAUGAUUAUUUUGCUGAUGGGAGUUUCAGAGACAGACUGGAGCUGGACAAGACGACUGGAUCUCUGACCAUCAAGAACACCAGGACUGAACACUCUGGACUCUAUAAACUAGAGAUCAUAUCCAACGGUGUGGUUUCAGACCAGACUUUUAUUGUCACUGUCAAAGAUAAAGUGGAGGAGAAAUUACUGAAAGGAGAAGAUUCUGUCACUCUAAACCCUGAUACUAAAAUACAGAGAGAUGAUCAGAUCCUGUGGAUGUUUGGAGAUCAAGACAAGCUCAUUGCUCAAAUCAGAGGAGGGACUGGAGAGAUAUAUGAUGAUGCUAAUGAGAGAUUCAGAGGCGGACUGAAGCUGGACGAGACUGGAUCACUGACCAUCACAAACAUUGAAGCUGAACACACUGGAUUCUAUAAACUACUGAUUAUCAGCAGCAGAGGGAUCUUGUACAAGAAAUUCAGGGUUUCAAUACAAUUGGUGUAUUUGUCAGUGAAGAGGCUACAAACUUUCACUAUAAACACUGGUCUUACGGCAAUACAGAGAGAUGAUGAGAUACAGUGGAGGUUUGGAGAUAAAAACUCCCUCAUAGCUAAAAUCGAAGGAGGGACCGGAAAGACAUAUGAUGGUCCUGAUGGGAGAUUCAGAGACAGCCUGAAGCUGAACGAUCAGACUGGAGAUCUGACCAUCGGUACGUGUCAAAGAAAUGAUGGUGGACAUUAUAAACUGAAGAUCCGCAGCAGUAAAGGGAACACAAACAAGACAUACAUUGUUAUUAUCAGAGUUCUAGGUGAUGAUGUCACAGAUGAAGUUUGGGAGAAACCAUUAAUGAAGGAAAAUAAUGAUUCCACAGGAAAGCGAGUGAAUGAAUCAGCGGAUGUAAUGAAGCCACUGUUGAAUAGAGAGUAUGUGUAGUGAAUGAGGAGGAGAGGAUGAGUUCAGUUUAACAACAUGAGACCCGCCCACCAGUGUCAAUCACUCUUGACAUCAUCAACAUUCAGCUCCAGCUACAACAACACAAACAUGUUUCUGCUUUUAUGAGCCUCUAGAAUCUGUCCAGUGAAAGUGAGAAAUGAAUCUGAGUGUGUUAAGCUGUUAAACUUGCAUGUAAAAAGCUUCCUUGGUUUUAAAUGAACCAAGAAAUGUGUUUGUCAUUUUAAUAAUGUUACACUUCAUACCUGUUACUCUAUUUAGCAUGAUACUAGUUUUACUCACAGUUUUGAUUUUGUGUCAUUGUAGACAGUGAGUGUCAGAAAGUGUCGUAUAUGCUUUUUAUAAGAUGUUUUACCACAGCAGUGUUUCUCUAACCAUUGUAUUCGCUGUUUUUAUGUAAAUAACACCAGAUCACAUGACCUUCUCCUUCAUGUUCAUAAUGCCUUUGUAUUCAUGCUUGAAGCACUUGAAAUGAGCCUUAUUGCACUUGUAGCAAAAAAAAAAUGGGGGAAAAAAACACCUUUAUUCAGUUCUAGCAGUGAUGAUACCACAUGCGUUAUGCUUUGUGUUGUUUUAUUAAAUUUUGCAAAAGCAUCUGCUUGAUGAAUAAUAUUCAUGUAAGAUAUUGGUAUGCCACUGAUCUUACUACCCAAUCUUUUCUGUCCUUUAGUGGACAAACACUGAUACAGCUUUUGCUUCCUAACAACUUUUAACAUGCAACACAUAAACAAUGUACCCAUAUAUAUGUUUGAAUGUGAGUGUUACAAUAUUAAUAAAUAAUAAAA